AAUUGUUGUUCUUUUAUCCAAUUGUUAGAUCACAGACAGAACCCGAAGUCUUUUGGUUGACGUAGCUUCAUCUCCAGAGCACCUUCCCUUAAUUUAAUGCUCAAAUGACGGGGCUUCAAGAGCCGUGAUCUGCCACGGAGCACUUCCCUCAGCCUCUAGAAUUUCCAGCAAUUCUCAGUUCUCAUUGUCAGCGGCACCAGCGGCGUUGCGUUCCCGACAAUUGCAUUGAUAUCCUGCUCCCCGGUUUUCUUCCCUUCCGGCUAGGUAUCUGAGAAUUACGUUUUCAGUAGAUAUGGUGUCAUCAAGAAGCAUGGUUCAAACAACGUCAUCGUUUUCAUCUUCUUCCCCUUCAUCUUCAUCAUCAUCAUUGUUACCAACCAACCUCCCUCUUUUCUCUGCCUUCCUUGCCUGUGCUCUUGCUCAGUUCCUUAAGCUCUUCACAAACUGGUUUAAAGAAAAGAGAUGGGAUUCUAAAAGGAUGCUUGAUUCUGGUGGAAUGCCAUCUUCACAUUCUGCCACUGUGACAGCUCUAGCAAUGGCUAUAGGUCUACAAGAAGGAACAGGAUCACCAGCAUUUGCAAUUGCAGUUGUAUUGGCCUGUGUUGUGAUGUAUGAUGCCUCAGGGGUCAGACUUCAUGCUGGUCGGCAAGCUGAAUUGCUAAAUCAAAUUGUGUGCGAGUUUCCUCCAGAACAUCCAUUAUCCAGUGUUAGACCUUUGCGUGAAUUACUUGGCCACACUCCGCUUCAGGUGGUUGUUGGAGCUUUGUUGGGAUUCAUUGUAGCUUACCUGAUGAGAAACACAGACUAGUGUUUUGUGUCAUGAUAUUAUUUGAUCACUAGUAGGUGACUGGAAGCUAUGCCUGCCUGGACUUCAUGGACUUGGUGGACUACAUCAUGGGUUUCCAGAAUACUUAAUUUCCACUGAAUGAACAAUUCUUCCUGAUCGAAUUUAGUAGAACAAAUGAAUCAAACUAGAUGUCCAGCAUGGACACUUCUCCUAAUUGUUUGAUGAUGAUUAUGCAGAUGAAUUAAAGAUAUUUCCAACA